AUGUCACCUCAACUCUCUAUCUUCCUUAUCUUCACCCUCUUGAAAUACUCGACCGGUGCUCCGGUGGCUGAGGAAUGCACAAAUAAUCCCACAGUUUGUGCUCCCAACGGUUAUUGCUUCCAAAACUCAGGGAACUAUUCUGGCUGUCAGAAAACAUGUCCAUACAAUUGGGGAUGCAGUCAUGGAAAUGUUUUAUGUAGUAUUCCAGUUGAACAGAUGGUUAAAGAUGUUGCCGCAUUCAAACACAAUGAUGUAGCCAGUGGUUUUGCAAUCAAUCAAUUGUGCAUCGCAAAACAUGGCUGUGAAAAUAAAAAGUCGUUAGACAAUCCAUCGUGGUUCGACAACAUUCUUGUUGCCUUCAUCGCGCCGUAUGUGGAAAGAAACGGCAAUUGGAAUGCUGUUAUUGAACACUGUCACUCAACAUUAGCAAAGAUUCCUGUUUUGGGUAAAUACUUUUGUCAACAAACGAUGGCGAACUACCACAUAUCUGUCGAUUUGAAGAAUGCUGUGAUUAACAAUGGAUGUGGAACACAACACGAUUGGAACGCUGUGGGAAAUAUCAUUGUUAAUUGUGUGAAAGAAGCUCAGAUUGGUAUUCCAUUUGGCGAAAGUUAUGCUAUAUCGGAAGUUUUUCAGCAACGUAAUUUAGUGCGAGAGAAUUGUAUUAAAAUGCGAAGAGAAAAAGGGCUACAAGUUGAAUUUUGA